UUUAGUUAAAGGAGGCUCCGCCCCUUCCGGAACUGUCUCCAACAACAACGUAUAUCGGUUUUUAUGAAUAAUAAGGAAAUUAAAGAUGUCUGAGUAUUCUACGGUAUUUCUACUAAAAACUAAAAUUAAAAUAAGUUAGAAAGUUGGAUUGAGAUGAAAUUCCGUCGAUCGAAACACGGAUUGAGAGAAAAAACAUUUAACUCAACAAAAGAAAAUGGAGGACGGCAGCAGGAGGUUCGGGUGUAGUCUGGGAUGAGUGCCAGAGAAGAACAGCGGCAGUCCAGAUCCAUACUGUGAUCCAGUUCUACUGCAUUGUUCUGACUCUGUGUUUUGCAGAAUAAUGAAGUCCACGUUUCUGGCACUUGGUUUGUACAUAUUCGGUGUUUCUGCUGUCCUUACAUAUGGAGCUGGUUGCGGGAAAAGUGAAUAUCGAUCAACAGCUGGAGAAUGUUGUCCGAUGUGUCCUAUAGGAAACUGUGUUUAUAGACAUUGCACUGAAUUUACCAGCACGUCUUGUGUGCCAUGUGUUGACUCGACUUUCACCUCUGAGCCCAAUGGUCUUCUAAAUUGCCUUAACUGUACAGUGUGUGAUCCUGGACAGGGCUUAAGAGUAAAGGCAGCCUGCACACAGACUUCAGAUAUAGUUUGUGAGCCGCAGGAGGGAUUUUACUGUACUAAUGAUGAAAAGGGCAGCUGUACACACGCUGUGGAAUGCACAAAAUGCAGACCUGGACAAUACAUAAGGCAGAAAGGAACAGCAAGUAAAGAUGCCGAAUGUAAAAAUGGUACCUACUCUGAUGGCUCACUUGAAAUGUGCAAACAACAUACAAAGUGUGAAGAUUUGGGACUUAUAGAAAUAAAACCAGGAACAACAACAUCUGAUGUCGAGUGUGGACAAAAAGUUCAAGUGGCUCUUAUAGUCGGAAUCAUAGUUUCCAUUGUUGUGGUGGUGGUUCUUGCACUAGUAGUAAUAUUUCUCAAAAUGAGACUCAAGCGUAACCAAAAUAUAGCUAAGAAUCCUGAGACAGAAACAUAUCCAGAUGAAAAUGAAACACCCGUCCAAACACCCACCUCAGGAACAUGUUUUCUACCACAAAGCAGCAGUAAAAUGGUUAAAAAUACACAACCCAUAUGGACUAUAUGAAUGGAGUCUCUUCAUGUCCUGUUUUAUCACCCAGACCAGAAGAUCAGGACAUAAUCACGUCUGUGUCAGAAUGAAUUCCCUGUCCUCACCGGGGAUCAAGAAAAGACAGUUAUAGUAAAGAAGAAAGAUUAAAUGCAAAGGCCUGCCUGUGGGGACUAUGGUGGAUUUGGUGAAUGUUUCAUCCCUGCUGGAUGUCACUACAUUCACCUGAAACACAGAGCUGGGAUCCCAGACAGAGGCUUCAUCACCCCGGAGUGCUGUGUAGUAAUCUCUUCAUUGAGUUAUCACAAAGAAGAUAACAUUUCCAUUAAAGCCAUGAGUAUGACUCAACCUGCAUCCCUCAAGAAACAAGGAAGACAGACAUGGACUAAGACUCCAUCCAUUCAUCCAUCCAUUAUCCGUAACCGCUUAUCCUGUGCAGGGUUGCAGGCAAGCUGGAGCCUAUCCCAGCUGACUAUGGGCGAAAGGCAGGGUACACCCUGGACAAGUCGCCAGGUCAUCACAGGACUGACAUAUAGAGACAAACCACCAUUCACACCUAUGGUCAAUUUAGAGCCAUCAGUUAACCUAACCUGCAUUUCUUUGGACUGUGGGGGAAACCAGAGCACCCCGAGGAAACCCAUGCAGACACGGGGAAAACAUGCAAACUCCACACAGAAAGACCCCUGUUGGCCACUGGGCUUGAACCCAAAACCUUCUUGCUGUGAGGCGAUAGUGCUAACCACUACACCACCGUGCCGCCCGGAUUAAGACUCUUUAGAAUAUAAUAAAUUGGCUUGACUUAAAAAAAGUAUGCAAACUCAUUGCAUCAGAAAAUCUAAGUAAAGUAAACUUAAGAUGGGGAGUUAAAAUAACUUACAUAUUAUAAGUGUGCAAUACUUAAAAUAACUUGUUUACUGUGAAUGUGCAAUAAUUGAGUUGUAAAACUUAGUUUAUAAAUAAAUUUUAAUUUCAUGAAGCAUAACAGACAUGAUUUAUGAUAACUCAAUUUUGAUACAGUUGUCCUAUAAAACCUGAGUUAGGUUCACUCAUUAUUUCUUAUUAAGUCCAAUGUUAAUAUUUACAGUGUGUAUUGCCAUCAAAGUGGUAGAAUAAUCUCUUGUUGUCUGAUCAGAAUAGUCACUUCCUGUCUGACUCUCUCUCUCUCUCUCAUUAUCUCUAGCCGCUUUAUCCUUCUACAGGGUCGCAGGCAAGCUGGAGCCUAUCCCAGCUGACUACGGGCGAAAGGCGGGGUACACCCUGGACAAGUCGCCAGGUCAUCACAGGGCUGACACAUAGACACAGACAACCAUUCACACUCACAUUCACACCUACGGUCAAUUUAAAGUCACCAGUUAACCUAACCUGCAUGUCUUUGGACUGUGGGGGAAACCCACGCGGACACGGGGAGAACAUGCAAACUCCACACAGAAAGGCCCUCGCCGGCCGCGGGGCUCGAACCCAGGACCUUCUUGCUGUGAGGCGACAGCGCUAACCACUACACCACCGUGCCGCCCCCUGUCUGACUCACUUUUUCACUAAUCACUGUCUCAAGAACUAAAUCUUCACUAUGACUUAAAAAUGCUUACAAAUAAUGAUUGUAUAACACCACUAAUUUCUCUCUAUCAGGGUUUGUCUUUCUGUCAGGGUUUAUCAUGGUGUUUAUCCCCAAAUCUUUAACCCAGCCACAUACAAAAUGUUGUACACCUCCAUGCUCUUCCAGGUUUUUAUCUGUUUGUCCAUGUAGAACGAUGUCUGCAGCAUCAGGUAGUUUGUGAUGUCAAGGAACUCAACAGCUGGAUAAUUUUCCAACUCGUAGGAAAAAUCCUUCUUUGUUAAUGUGUAAAGAUUUAUCCCGUUGCAAAGAGCAAAUUUCUGAAGGUAUCUUGACCGUGUUUUGGCCUCUAAACUGCAAAAGUAGUCAGAGAAGGUUUCACUAGCUCUUUGCAUAAUGACAGUUUACCUCACCAGCACUUCAUUCACCAGAAGUAACCUCGCAAACAAAAGUCACGUGACUGACUACAAACUAUACUUGCUGAACUCUGGACUUAUUUCUGGUGUGAGAAAACCCUCAAGAACAAAAUGUUCUAGUGCAGUUAACUCUGGGGCAGAGUUAAACUUAUUUUUAAAAUGAUAUAUUUUCUAAAAAUAUAUGAUGCCAAAGUUAUUAACAUUCCUAAGGAAUAUUUGAAAUAAAUGUCAGCAAACUGCCAUUCUUGGACUUAAUAUUACUUCCAUUUUCCUCCCAGUUUCUGGGAAAUCGCUGCAUUUAACAAUGUCCUGAUUGACCUGGAGAUAAAUAUGAGGUUGCGCACGUGUAAAAUCCCUUUGUCAUCCCUUACCAUGGGAAAAACCAGUGAACUUUCAGCAGAAAAGGGACCGACAGUUGUUGACCUGCACAAAUCAGAAAUGUAAAAAAUAAGUAACUAAAAUCCCAUUGAGCAUGACUACAGCGAUGACAAAAAAAGAAUCACGCAUGUCUAAAACAGUUGGAAAAUCACCAGGAACUGGGCCCAUGAGUUUUUUGUAGGUGUACACCUACAGUUGGCAUUGUGGGUUGUGAUCAUGAAAUCAAUCUCAAUUCCUGUUCAUACACAAUAUCAUCAUGUUUGGUCACAAAAAGGAACUACAUACAAGCAAAAGCACUUGAUAUUCCACUGUAAAAUAUGAAGUGAUGCUUUGGGGCUAUUUUGUGGCUGGUGAUUCAGGGUCUCUCCUGAAAUAUCAAGAUAUUUCAGCUCAAACUUUCCUUAUCUCUGCCAGGAGGUUCAACCUUGGCUAUAAACAGAGCUUUCAAUAAUACGAUGAGCCAAACAGACUUUAGACUCAGUUUCUCAAUUCAAAUCCUCCUCAUAUCCUGAGUAACGAAGUCCACAUCAGAAUAUAAAAGAUCGUAAAAUGUUGCCUGUAUGGAGGAGUGGACCAAGAUUCGUCUUCAGAUGGCACUUGCUGGACAUUACAAGAUAAAACACAGUGGUGGUAUUCUCUCCAGGGCAGGUGUAAAAAAAAAUUAAUUAAAAAUAAGUAAAUUAUUCAGGGAUUUGGCUGUUUUCUUCGUAAGAUUUUGUAGAAAUAAUGAACAUCUUUGUGCUUGAUAAAAAGUUUGCAUAAAACUAUACCCUAGGGUGCAUCAGUUGCCCUCACUUUCAUAAAAUCCGAUGCAUUUUUGUUUGGGUGUUCCUUUUCACCAAUAAAGACAUCCUGUAAAAUUUUUUGACCAUAUUCAAAAGUCUAAUGGUGGCACCAUGAGGUUCAUUUUUUGCCAAAAAACGCUUAUUUUAUGUUUUCGCGUAAGGUUUGAAUCACAAUGUUGGACUCCAUUUAUUGAUUUCUUGUGACCCAGAGAUCGUGUUAAGAACCUUUGCAAGGGAUUGAGAAGCAUUAAUGUGAUUCAUAAUACAUUUGUAUUGUUUAAAAGUAGUUGAACAAUGAUUCAGUGAACAGCUAAAACUCAAACUGUGCUUGAUAAUAUAUUUAGAAUAUGUACUAAAAAUGUGUAUCUAAGAUAUUUGGUAUACUCUAUAAGGUGCCAUAAUGUUUCAUGAAAAGUGAUCGAAAUGUAACAGCUUUUUCCAUAACUUUGAGCUCCUGGUGCCACCAUUAAACUUUUGAAUUUUGUCAAAAUAUUUCACCCAGUGUAUUUCCUUACCAAAAGGAACAUAAAAACAAAAAUGCAUCAUGAUUGGAGGAACUUUUCAUUUUUAGGGGGCAACUGAUGCACCCUACUAUACCCUUGUAAAUGUCACUUGUUUUAUAAAUUGUAAAUGUAUUAUUGAUGUGAAAUUAACUAAUAUAACUAAUAUAACAAAUUUUUUAGUUAUUUAUUUAUGCAAAAUAUUUGAUUGUGUAGGCAAAGUAAUAUCGACUGUAAACUGUGUGUAUGUGUCAGAAAGAUAGUGAGUGAAUGUAUGAAUAAAUAAAUAUAUGGAUAUUA